UCUAUAAAGCCCUGUUUUGUUGCCAAGGACAGGCAGCAAGAUCUGCAUCUGCUGUCAAGAACAAUGACAGUCACUUACUCAGGGUAAUGUUUUUAACCAGGUUUCAACAGCGGUGUGGUGCUCUUCCUCCUUCUACCACUUUGCUGCUACUGAAUUAUUCAACAGGUAGCAUCCAGUACAGCCACUUAAUCAUCCCAACCACUUUCCAGCAAAGUUAAGCCAGCAUCUCCUUCCGUCCUGUCCUAGGUGAACUAAAGGUCCACAAAAGUACAGACCAUGAAGACAGAAGGAGUCUGCCUUGAACAAACACAUGUGGAUGGACUACCGGACCGGCUCAGGUUUCCAGGUAGUCAAGAAACAUCAAAGGGAAGGUAUGAAUGGCUGGUCUAAAAUCACACAAGAAGAAAACAUCGGGAAGAGAAAGUAAGGACUCUAUAAUCACCUUUAAGAUUUAAAACAACAAAAAACACCUAUGUGAUUGCAGCUUUUAUUAAAGGCUUUUCCAACUUGAAGAAUCGUCUAUAAUCUUACCCCUUUUUCCCCUCUUGGGUAACCAAUGACUUUUUUGCAACCAAUAAACUCAAAAACUGGGAAAGAUCACUUAUGACAAGUUUCUCCUGACUUUACCCAAUACUGACUAUCCUCAGCCCAGAAGCAGAUCUCUGCCCCCCCCCAAGAUGUAUCAGAUGUAUCAGAUGUAUCUAAUAUUCAAAACAUACUCACGUGAAACUUUUGGAAAGUCAUAAAAAUUUAGCUGUACUGGGCAUUUACAACUAGAGUGGAAAUACUUAUGUAAUCUGUCAAGCAAGCACCUUUACCAUGGAGGCUUAUUAUGCAGGUACCCUGCCACCAGUGGAUUAUAAUAUUACAUCCCUUGAACUGAACAGAUCACAUCUACUGAAUGAAACUGACCCUUUCAAACAAGUCAAUGACCAAUACGAACACCAACAGUACGUCAUUGGUCUUUUCCUCUCAUGUCUCUAUACUAUCUUCCUCUUCCCUAUCGGCUUUGUGGGAAAUAUUCUAAUAUUGGUUGUGAACAUCAGCUUUCGUGAAAAGAUGACAAUCCCUGACCUGUAUUUCAUCAACCUUGCAGCAGCGGAUCUCAUCCUGGUGGCUGACUCCUUGAUAGAAGUAUUUAACCUAGAUGAGAAGUAUUAUGACAUCACAAUUCUCUGUACCUUCAUGUCUCUGUUCCUGCAAAUUAACAUGUAUAGCAGCAUUUUCUUCCUAACGUGGAUGAGUUUUGACCGAUACAUUGCCCUAGCAAAGGUCAUGCGAUCCAGUCUUUUUCGGACAAAGCACCACGCCCGGCUGAGCUGUGGCCUUAUCUGGAUGGCGUCCAUCUCGGCUACCCUGGUACCUUUUACAGCUGUCCACUUGCAGCACACAGAAGAGGUCUGCUUCUGUUUUGCUGAUGUGAAAGAAAUCCAGUGGCUUGAGAUUACUCUGGGGUUCAUCAUCCCCUUCGCCAUCAUCGGUCUCUGUUACUCACUCAUUGUCCGAGUUCUCAUCAAGGCUCACAAGCACCGGAGCCUGAGACUGCGUAGGCAAAAGGCCCUCCGAAUGAUUUUUGCUGUGGUCCUGGUUUUCUUUAUCUGCUGGCUACCUGAAAACGUCUUUAUCAGCGUACACCUCUUGCAAAGAAAGGAGCCAGCGACUUCUUCAUGCAAACAGUCUUUUCGUCAUGCCUACCCUUUAACUGGCCAUAUAGUUAACCUAGCAGCUUUCUCAAACAGCUGCUUAAACCCACUUAUCUACAGCUUUCUUGGGGAAACCUUUAGAGAAAAACUGAGGCUGUACAUUGAACAGAAAAGCAACUUAUCAGCCCUAAAUCGCUUCUGUCAUGCUGCCCUCAAGUCAGUCAUCCCUGAGAGCAGUGAGCAGACAGAAGUAAAAUUUAGCAGUGCUGUGUAAACAGACAACUGUGAAAGGUUUUUCAUCAAUGACGAACAAAGUUGUGUGCCACUAACAAAUGCACAUAUAGCUAGGGAAGGGGAAAAAACCACAAAUAUUGUUUUUCCUCUCAUGGGUUUCUGAUGUUGUCUAGGUUGGUAAUUCCCAUUUAGUAGCAUGUGAACCUUUGAGAGUCCUCAACAAUGUUCCAAGGGGUUCAGAAUUCUUCAGUGGCACCUUAAACAUUAAAUAAUCAUAAAAUAGAAGUAUAUUAAAUUACCCUGAGAAUUCACAACAAGUUGUUUUUGUUGAAAGGGGUUUCUGGAGCAAAAAAAAAAAAUGUUAGGAACAAUUGUUCUAGAUGCUACCAUAAACUGGCUUUGAUGUUGUAAUUUCUGAUCAAGUUUACUUUAUUAUAAUUGGGGUUACUAAAGAACACAUCCCCAAAAGCUCUCUCUAAUUGUAUACGGUGCAUACGGUUCAUAGACAGCCCUAAUAAUAGUCAAAGAUCAAGAUUAUCAUAGUGUUUUCCUAUGGCAUAGAAGAGUCAACAGAUGACAAAAUCAUAAUGUUCUGCUACUCUUCACAUGGACUUUCUUUCCUCUCCCUGAGAGAAAACUGCCAAAACAGCAAGUGGCAAAAGUCAGAUUUAUUAAGAAGUUUCUGUGGAGAUGUAGCACUUUAAAUGGAAACUUUGCUACUGAGAAUAAAUCUGCCACUUUAUGUAACGAACAUGGAGACUGGCUAAAGUAUGUUUGAAAUAUUCUAAAUUUGAUGUCAUGGUGGGAAAUCAAGUCCCAUGAUUUAUACUCUACUGCAGCACACUUUGAUACUUGCCUCGGGCUAAAAAUGAGACAUGUCGCUCAUAGAGACAUUUAAGUACUGUAAUCUCUCUUAGAGUGGUCAUCAGUUCUAAAAUACAUGAUCCCAUUUUUGCUCACUAACUUGUUCAUAGAUAAGUCACAGUCACCUGUGUAAACUAGAUUUGCAUUAAUGAUGAAGCUUCUCUUGAAAUAACAUAACUGCUAUUAUAAUGCUAGUCUGACCGGAGUUGCUGACUUCUUCAAUGUAUAUGUUUACAAUAACCUUGGCAUUUAGAAGAAUGUGGAAUGAAAUUGUGAGAGUUGUUGUGGAGUUUAUCAUAGCCAUCAGAGAAUGUCAUAUCUUGGCAUUUCUGGUUUAAUAAUGCAAAAAUAAUGUUAAUAGGAAUGACGAUGACAAUGGUAUGGAUGGCUCUCAUUAAAAUGUUGAA